AAGAUCGCAGAAUCACGAGGCAGUCCUUCAGUCGUUCCACGAGCAAGCAUCAGUUUCUGGGAGAAGAAUUGACUCGAAGAGGAUUUUUUUUUCUUCCUCUAUUGUCUAAAAGUGUCUGGAUAUUUACGGAAUUGGUUUUUUACAUUAUUAUUCUUAUCACUAAAACAGUAUUAAGACUUAAAUCUGAUAGACGAAUAUAAAGACAGGAAAGAUUUCCGUUAUUUGAUCCGGUUUGGGCGUAAAAGCAGAAGUCGGGAACGUUUGUAAAGUUUUGAAGAACGCUCUGAUCGUCCCGGACAGCGAUGAGUGACUCCGAACCGCUGACGUUUUCAUCCGUCGAAGAAGAGCGGGACUACUGGAAGGAGAGAGCAGUUCAGCACCAGCAGAGGGCUGACGAGGCUCAAGACGAGCUGCAGGAGUUCCAGCAGAUGAGUCGAGAUUACGAAGCCGAACUUGAGACCGAACUGAAGCAGUGUGAAGCGCGCAACCGCGAACUCCUGGCGACUAACAACCGGCUACGCACGGAACUGGAGAGCUUCAAGGAGAAGUACGAGACGCAGCACUCGGACACGUACAGACGGGUUUCUGCCCUGGAGGGGGAGUUGGCCGAGACCACCGCCAUCAAGGACCAGUUACAGAAGUACAUCAGAGAGCUGGAGCAGGCCAACGAUGACCUGGAGAGAGCCAAAAGGGCCACCAUCAUGUCACUGGAGGACUUCGAGCAGAGGAUGAACCACGUCAUCGAGAGAAACGCUUUCCUGGAGAGCGAGCUGGACGAGAAGGAGAACCUGCUGGAGUCGGUGCAGAGACUGAAAGACGAAGCUCGAGAUCUGAGGCAGGAGCUGGCCGUGAAACAGAAGCAGGACCGUAAACCGUCCCUCAGCCUUUCAGUGGACGCAGAGAAGGUGGAGUCGACGCUGUCUCACACUCCGCCCACUUAUGCCUCUCUCCUCACUACACCGCCCAGAACAGCAGCGGGCCCCGGGAGCGCGUUUCACACACCGCCGUCCUCCUACAGCAGAAUUGAAGGUCUUACUGGGACGCCGUUGACGACAUCAGCACGGAUUUCCGCUCUCAACAUCGUAGGGGAGCUGCUGAGGAAAGUCGGCAACUUGGAGUCGAAGCUGGCGUCGUGCAGAGAGCUGCAGGUCCAGGAGCGAACGCCGAGCCGCUCGGUAGCGGCUCAGAGCUCGCACGGCACGCCGAGAGAAGCGCUAGAGAACCAGCCGAGCACUAACGGUCUGUUUGAGGGGAUGGUGAAGCGGCUGGAUUUUGGACCCAAAAUGGUGGUGUGACUGUCUUUCUGUCUCGGUCUCUCUGUCUUUCUCUCCGUCUCUUUCUCUCUCAUGUCUGCUUCUUGCACUCGGAGUGUGUGAUCUCGUCUCUGAUUUAUUACUACUGUUAACCGAGGGUUAAUCCCCACCUUUUUUUUUCUUUUUUCUUUCCAAUUUUUUUUUUUGUAAACUUUGUCUAUAUUUACAGCCUGAUAUUAUGUACAUAUAUUUUUUCACUUUUUUGUUUGUUUGUUUGUUUGUUUGUUUUAUUAUUUUGGCAAUGAAAGUGUCUGUUGUGGAUAUUAGCGCUGCACAGUUCAGGAGUUUCCUGUCAUCGAUGCGUCUCGGUUCACGUCUUUAUCGGACGAUGGUCCGCUUCGUGACCUGAUAAGUGUGAAAAACGCUCUGACGCACCUGAUACAGCACGUUUAAUAACUACAGACGGGUGUCUGUAGUUUUGCUUCUUUAAUUCUGGACUGGAGCUACAAGGUGAAGGGAGGAUUAUAGCCGUACGUUUAAACCUGGCUUUGAAGUUGUAUCUUCUUUUUUUUUUUUAACCGUUACGUUUUGGAAGGAUCUUACACCCGAAUCAGUAUUUCCUUUUUGUAACCGAGUUCUCGUGAGUCCGUCCUCGUCUAUUUAAUCAAAAAAACUUGAGACAACGAUCAAAUCUAUACGCUUCCUUUACUUGUUACCUUGUAGGUGAGCACAAGUCUUCAUGCAAAUGAAGUGAGACAGGUGUGUGUGUGUGUGUGUGUGUGUGUGAGAGAGAGAGAGCACAGGAAACACUAAACUGUGCAGUGCAGCUCAGACUCGAGGACUGCGAUAUUGCCGUAUGUGUGUGUGCAUAACGUCUUCUAAGGAACAGUUAGAUGUUUGGUACAAACCGUUCUAGAUAAACGCUGUCGCUUUGCGUGAGUGACACACCUGCCCUUUUUGGUGGCGCCCGUAGCCGAUCCUCGUAGCUGUACUUUAGCGGUGACGUCAAGAUAAUUCAAUUUUCUGUAACCGGAUAACGAAUCUGAACAGAAUUUUCACAUUGAGUGGCAGGUUAAGGAAAAAAAUUAUUAUUAUUAUUAUUAUUAUUAUGAUGAUUUCGUUACAGUUUACAAAAUAAUCUGUCUGAGAUGUAACACGAGGGGGAAAGAAAAAAAAAACAGAAUUUAUUUUGUCGUUACAGCAACUAUGUAAGUACUAUAAAAGCACUAAGGAGACUCAGGAUGCGUUUAAAAUAUAGAAAAGGUAAAUUAUUGUGUAAAUUUAUCACAUUGUCAUAUUGCACACGUGUAAGGAUUGAUUAUUAGGUUCUCGCUCGCUUAGUAGAGGAUCGGGGUUCCACUUGGAACCCUUUACAUGUUGGAUUUUAUUUGAAUUUGUUUUUUGUUUGUUUUUUCUUAAGCAUACACUGUAAAGUUAUGGCUUUUGGGUGACUGACGUGACACUAAUUUUCUAUUUCAAAGAGCUUUUGCCGAUGUGAACCUUUGAGGUGUUUGUGUCCUCGCUGCAAUUUGACGAACCCGCGCCUUAGGCUUAGUGUCGGGUCGCGUUCUCCGGGAGAAGUAGGUCUGUAUAAGGAAUAAAACACUUGUGGGUGCACUGUUGUACUUUACGAGUUUUAUUCCUCUUAUACCACAGCGAUUCGCCAACAGUGACUCUUCUUCUUCUUCUUCCAUCUAUUAAAGAAUACCGCGUCAUAAUGUCGUGACACGACGACAAAACGAGACGGCGUUCUAGAAAAUGAAUCACCUUCUGACCAAUCAGAAUUCAGUAGCGCUGUAGGACAAACAUAGCCAUUGGGCAGUUUUAAAGCUGGCGCGAGCGAUAACGGGAAGCCGACGUUUCUUUAUAAAAUGGCCGGCGUUCUAGUAAACGAGUCCGGAGCCUUCCCGUUUUGGGUUUUUUUGGGGGUUUUUUUCCCCUGUCGCGCGUGUUUUGUCCGGAGACGUAAAUUUUGAAGAAUCUCUGUAGUGUAAUUAAGACGAAUUCAAGUUAAAUACUUCAGUGAAGGCUACAAGUGUUUUAUGUUAAAAUUAGAAACGUAAAGAAGAGCUCGUACGUGCUGUUUCUCUACUAAUACGGGAGUUGUAAUGGAUGGAUGAUGAAUAUAUAAGAUAGAUAGAUAGAUAGAUAGAUCAAGGACAUAGCUACGUAUUUACAUUAACCAUUAAUCACUAAAGGCUCGUUACAGUUUUGUCUCUUUGCCUUUUUUUUUUUUCCGGUGUUUAAAUCAGACGGUCGGUGAGAGCCCAGUUGAGUUUUGAGGCGUAGUUUGGGUUGAACGCAGCAGAUUCUCAUGUUCACGUAAAACAAAUGUUCCAUCAGCAGAUGUGCAGAAUAAACAUCUUACUAAACAAAAACGGCUCGAGUCUCCUUCCUGCACGGGGAAGUGUGUGUGUGUAUAUAAUAACUAUUAUACUUGUUUAUAUCUCAAAUAAUCUGUGAAUAAAUUCUGAAAAAUAUAUUUAAUAAUAAAAAUAUAUAAUACAACCUCAA